AUGCCAAUCGAACAAGAGUAUCCCAAAGGAAGGAGAGGGAAUAAGAGCUCUUUGGGUGAGAGAACGUUCCGCUGUGAAUCCAUCCUUAAUCCACUUUGCAAAAUCCAAGGAGGAGAGAAAGCAUUCAAGUGCUGGGAGUGUGGAAAGAACUUUGCUAACAGCCUCAGCCUUAAGGCGCAUCAGAGAUCCCACAUAGCAGAGAAGCUCUAUAAAUGCUCAGGCUGUAGCAACAGUUUUUCUAACCAGUUGAGUCUUAUUGAGCACCAGCAAAUUCACAUAGGGGAGAAACCACAUCAACCACUGGAAUGUGGAAAACAUUCCAGUAAGAGGGAAAAGCUUGCCAAACAUCAAUCCAUUCACUCAACCAAGAAACCAAAUAAAGUUGAGGAAGAAGGAAAGUGCUUCAGGGAGCGCAAGCAACUUGCAUCACAACCAAGCAGCUGCACAGGGGGAAAGCCAUAUAAAUGUACGGAAUGUGGAAAGGACUUCAAAUGCAGCAGUUCGCUGUCUCUACAUAGACGAAUCCAUUCAGGAGAGAGACCAUACCAAUGCUCAGACUGCAGCUGGAGUUUUUCUGAUCAAUCAACAUAUGUUAGACACCUGAGAAUCCACACAGGAGAAAAACCAUAUAAAUGUUUAGACUGCAAAAAGACCUUCCGUUUGAGUUCACAUCUCAGCAUACACCAAAGAACCCACAGAGGGACUAAACCAUACAAGUGCCUGGAGUGUGGGAAAAGUUUCACUAGUGGCUCAGGCCUUAUUUACCAUCACAGAAUUCACACAGGAGAGAAAUCGUAUAAAUGCCUGGAAUGUGGAAAGAGUUUCAGAAACAGCACUGGCCUUGCAUCUCAUCAGAGAAUCCACACAGGGGAAAAAAGAUUCAAAUGCUCAGUGUGUGAUAAGAGCUUCCGAUGGAGCACAGCUCUCACUUACCAUCAAAGAAUCCACACAGGGGAGAAACCAUAUAAGUGCUUGGAAUGUGGGAAAGGUUUCAAUCAUAAUUCACACUUUGCUUCACAUCGAAGGAGCCACACUGGUGAGAAACCGUAUAAAUGUGCCGAGUGUGGAAAGGGCUUCAGCCAGAGCUCACAUCUCAAUGAACAUCGAAAACGGCACAAAGGAGAGAAACCAUAUAAAUGCUCUGUGUGUGGAAAGAGCUUUACAUUGUGCGGGUACUUAACCAACCAUAAGAGAAUACACACUGAGGAGAAGCCACACAAGUGCUCAGAGUGUGGAAGGACCUUCAGACUCAGCAUGAGUCUAAAGGCACAUGAAAGAACCCACUCAGGAGAGAAGCCAUAUAAAUGCCUGGAGUGUGGAAAGAGCUUCAGGCAGGCCUCACACCUUAGUCAACACCGAAGAAUUCACACAGGGGAGAAGCCUUAUACCUGCUUGGAAUGUGGGAAGAGCUUCUGUCGGUUCAAUCGGAGCACCAACCUCAUCUCCCAUCAGAGGAUUCACACAGGGGAGAAACCAUACAAGUGUGCAGACUGUGGGAAAAACUUUUGUCACAAGUCUGGCCUGAUCAGGCACAGGAGAACCCACACGGGUGAGAAACCGUACACAUGUUCUGAGUGCGGGAAGAGCUUCAGCCAGAGGCAGCACCUCAUCACGCACCAGAGGAACCACACGGGAGAGAAGCCGUUCACCUGCUCUGAGUGUGGGAAAAGCUUCAACCAGAGCCAACACCUGAUAACUCACCAGAGGAACCACACAGGAGAGAAACCGUUUGAGUGUCCCCAGUGCAGCAAAUCUUUUUGUGACAAGUCCACUCUGAUUAGACAUCAGAGGAGCCACAUCGGAAAGAAACCCUUCAGAUGUUCCAAGUGUGACGAAAGUUUCUAUCGGAGCAAACAUCUCAUCAGACAUCAAAGAAUUCACAUCCAACCAUCUGUGGUCUAAUUUCAUGGG